AUGUAACCACAACAGAGAAUGGGAACAGCAGCCAUGCGAGUGCCAACUCGAAUGACUACAGCUAUGAGAGUACAUUUCAUUCACUAUUUCAAUAGAAUGAUCCAAAUUUCUAAUCAGUAGCAAAUACAACCAAUUUAAAAUUCGUGGAGAGACCUGUUACAUAACAUGGAAUUAUUGGAGUCAAACCUACGACUGCUGGGCCUGGCAGAUAAAUCUAAGAUAAAUCAUAUUAUCUAAAUCAAUUGAGAGAGAAGCAGAAGGAAAUAUUUAAUGAGAUUGAAAGAUUCAAAAAAUAAUAGGAGGAAAUUUAAAAAGCCAAUACACUUUAUGUUUAAUUCGAAAGAAGGUAUUAUUUCUCUUAAAGUCAUAGACAUGAAGAAUUAACAAAGGAAGUCAGAGAUCUAGAAGGCUAAUUGGCUGAUUAUAAUUUAGCAUUCGAUAAAUGGAGAGCCAAUACCAGACCAGAAGAUAUCAAAAAUAUAUACGAAAGAAUCAAAGUUUACUUAUAGAUUUAUUUUAGAUUUAAAAUGAGAGGCAAAGAUCUCAAUUAGAUGACAUCUUCAUUGAAAGAAGAGGUUAGGAAGAUUCAAUUAAUUAAAUUGAAAAUAGAUUAAAUGAACUCCAAUCUUUGGCUGAUAUGAAAUUAUAAGAAUUGGAUCCAGAACAAAGAAAUGAAUAUAUGAGUUUGAUUAAUGAAAACAAAUCCCUUUAAUAAGAAAUUAACAAUCAAAAAGGAGAAUUAGAAGAAUUAAAUGCCAGAAUGCAGAAUGCAGAUAAUAGAUUGAGAAUGGAUGCUUAGAAAUUAAAGGGUCAGAUGUUAAAAGAGUAAAUCAAUGAAAUGGACUCUAAAAAAAAUGACUUAGAAGUCCAAUUGAAUGAAGCCAAUCUAACAUUCCCAGAAGCCAGAGAUAGAUUGUUAAAUAAAAUUAAAGAUGAUAAUGCUUUUAUCUAAAACUCGGAGAAAAGAGUCAGAGAAAUUAGAAGAAAUAUAGAGAAUUAUGAAAAACGAUUGAGAGAAUUACAAACUGAAUUGGAAGACAAGAAGUCAUAAGAAUAAGACAAAUAGAAAUAUGAAAUACUAUAUUAAAGAGAUCAAGAAAUGACUGAUUACAUCAAUAAUUUUGAUAAAACAAGAUAAUAGGAAUUAGAAAAAGUGAAUGCUGUAGAAUAGGCUAUUGUAGAAUUACUAGGGUAAUCUUCAAGAAUUGUAUAAGAUAUUAAGACUAUACCCUCAUUAACAGAUUAUGCUGGUCUAUCUGCUGAAGUGGAUUACAAAGAUAAUUAAGUCAAAGAUUCUGAAAUGACACUCAAAAAACUCUAAGGAGUCUAUGAAUAGACAGUCCAAGAUUUAAAAAAAAUUGAAAGAGCUGAAGAACAAUUACCUAUUGAAUUACAAUAAUACAAACAGAAAUGUAAGUAGAUGUAGGAUGAAAUCGAUACUAAAUUUAAUAAAAUUGAUGAAUAUAAGGUUAAAGCUCAGGAUAAAAAACUUAAACUGGAAAAUCAAAAGAAAGACUUACUCAAACUUAAAGAUGAUUUUACUGCAUAAGUAAAUUUAAACUUCAUAUUUCUAGAGUCAAAAUAUGAAACAUGAAUUUGAUGUCAAAGAAAAGAAAUACACAAUGCAUGAAUAAUACAAUACUUUGGCUGAUUUAGAAAAAAAAGUGUCUUAAUUAGAAUCUUAAGCCAAUACUUUCUAGAUGUUUAUUGAAACCAAAUCCAAAGAUAUGAAUUUCGAAUAGUUAAAGAAAGAAUGCAUGGAUCUAAUGGAUAAAAUUAAUAAAGUCUUGUGCAAGACUUGAAAGUAAUUAUAAAUUAUGG